ACACAUGAACGUCAUUGACCAGUGCUAGAGAUUGGACCCUGAUUGGCGAAGGCAUCGCCUACAACUUGCCCAAUGCUCAGUGGGUUUUGCAGGGAAGAUGAUCAAUAACAUUGGGAAAGGUGUUGUACACUAUAAAGUUACCAAUCCUUCGGAUGAUCCAUUGAACCCUAAACCAGGAAGCUUGAGGUAUGGAGCCACAAUGGUUAAGGGAAAAGUAUGGAUCACUUUCAAAAGGGACAUGCAAAUCACUCUUCAUAAACCACUCCUCAUUAGUAGCUUCACUGCCAUCGACAACCGUGGCGUUGAUGUUCAUUUUUCCAUCCUCGCAAGCUUCUUAGUACACAAGCAUUGCAAGCGCCAGUCUGCAAGCUCGAUGAUGGGUCCAGAAGGAAAGGUGGUUGAGCUUGGCCAGAUGGAUGGGGAUGCAAUCAGACUGGUAAGUGCAACCAAAGUUUGGAUAGAUCACAAUACAUUACACGACUGCGAGGAUGGUUUGCUUGAUGUGACUCGUGGAUCCACAGAUGUUACUAUUUCUAACAAUUGGUUCAGAAACCAAGACAAGGUCAUGCUUCUUGGGCAUGAUGACGGCUACGUGAGAGACAAAGGCAUUAAGGCAACUGUCGUCUUCAACCAUUUCGGACCUAACUGCAACAAACGUAUGCCCAGGGUUCGACAUGGAUUUGCACACUCUUAUCAGGGAUGGGAACAAUAUGCCAUUGGCGGAAGCUUAAGCCCUAGCAUCAUAAGUGAAGCCAAUUGCUUUAUUGCCCCAGAAGGGAACAAGGAGGUAACCUCAAGACUUCUUUUCACUGUUCUCAGAGAUACCUGAAUCAUCUUAUAACAAUCAGAUGUGCAAAUUACUUACCAUGACUCCAAGAUAACAAAACAGGUGACAUGGA